AUGAUCUUGGCGGUCAUGGAGGCGAGUCCUUCACUAUCAGCAACGACCUUAACCCGGUCUAGACCGUGACCCUCUGGGUCGGCAACGGUAGCUGGGGCUAUCAUGACCGGAAGCUGAUCAAGGCCAUCAAAGUCCAGUACAAGGAUGGCAUGGAGCGUUUCUACGGGAACAAGGAAGGCGACGACAACACACCGCACUCGUUCAAGUUUGACACCGACGAAAGAGUCAAGUCGAUGAGUAUCUGGAGUGGAGACCGCGUCGACAGAAUCAGGUGGCAGACUAACCACAACCGUACCUUUGACCAAGGCGGCCAGGACUACUCUUGUGGCAGGGGCGGUAGGGAGCAUCCAGAGCAAUUGGGCAACGGCCUCCUUCUUGGCUUCAAGGGAACCACUAA